AUGAGUACAUUGGUCCACAACACAGUCGAGAGGCUGGAUCGGCCUAGCGCCUAUUACCUGGCAAAGGUGCGCCUGGAGAUUGCUUUUGGCUUUGAUCAACGCAAGUACAGCCAGGAUGACUCGGAGAGGGCAGAGGAUCCAAUCGACAAAUUGAAGAAUGCCACAACGCUCUACGUCGGAAACCUUUCCUUUUACACAACAGAGGAGCAAAUUCAUGAGCUUUUCUCAAAGUGCGGUGAAAUCAAGCGCCUUGUAAUGGGCCUGGACCGAUACAACAAAACCCCCUGUGGCUUCUGCUUCGUGGAAUACUAUACCCAUCAGGACGCCUUGGAUUGCUUAAAGUAUAUCGGAGGCACCAAGCUUGACGAGAGAAUUAUCCGGACAGAUCUUGACCCUGGCUUUGAGGAAGGACGUCAGUAUGGACGAGGAAAAUCUGGUGGGCAGGUGCGCGACGAAUACCGUGAAGAGUACGAUCCUGGCCGCGGUGGUUAUGGUCGGGCAUACGCAGAUGACCAGCGCAGGCGGGAAGAAGAAGAGUACGGCAAAGGUAGGUAA